GCUGUGGGAAUUGUUGCUUCUGUUGGAGAUGCAGUGAGCCAUGUCAAAGUUGGCAGUCCUGUGGCCCUUAUGACUUUUGGAAGCUAUGCUGAAUUUACGAUGGUUCCAGCCAAACAUCUUCUUCCGGUGCCAAGACCAGACCCGGAGGUCGUUGCUAUGCUAACAUCAGGAUUGACCGCUUCAAUUUCUCUUGAAAAGGCAGGUCAAAUGACAUCUGGGCAAGUUGUUUUAGUUACAGCAGCUGCUGGUGGAACAGGACAGUUCGCGGUUCAGCUUGCAAAACUAGCGGGCAACAAGGUUGUUGCCACAUGUGGUGGCGAAAGUAAGGCUGCAUUUCUAGCUUCCUUAGGUGUUGAUCGAGUUAUCAACUACCAGCAUGAGAAGAUCAAAGAUGUUCUGAAAAAGGAGUUUCCAAAAGGUGUAGAUAUUAUAUAUGAAUCUGUAGGUGGGGACAUGUUUGAUUUGUGCUUGAAUGCGCUCGCAGUCCAUGGACGCCUCAUUGUAAUUGGUAUGAUCUCUCAGUAUCAAGGAGAGGAGGGAUGGAAGCCGAAGAACUACACUGGACUAUGUGAGAAGAUUCUUGCUAAAAGUCAAACUGUGGCUGGAUUUUUCCUGGUUCAACAUGCUCACAUGUGGCAAGAUCAUCUUGACAAACUAUUUGAGUUGUAUGCCUCUGGAAAGCUAAAGGUCUCACUCGACCCUAAGAAAUUCCUGGGCGUUGCUUCCGCGGUGGAUGCGGUAGAGGAGAGCGUCGGCAAGGUCGUCGUCUGCAUCGAUCCAGCUUACAGCCAGACCCUCGCUAAGCUGUAGCCUGUACUCCGCAGAGACUUCAUCACAAAACAUGACGCAGGAAAUGUAAUUUAUGACGAGUGCGUACGUUAUAGGUGCACAUUCAGUGUCGAGGCGAGGAACUUAGUAGUUGCAUAGUGAAGUCACCGUGUAGCUCGGUUGUCUGAUCAGUUCGCAACCGGCCAAGCGUUAUAUAGAAACCAAAUAAGUGUACGAUCCCACAUGCCAUGCCUAAAUAAAUGAAUAGAUUGCUCAGUUCA